UAUUUCUGUAUUCCAGCUCACAGCCCCUGGCACAACACAUUCUACAAAAAUAGUUUCUUCCUCUUAUUAAGAUCAGAGAUUUUAAUGGGAGGUUCCUUCUGUGGAGCAACGCAGUAUUCAACCUCCCUCAGAUGUUUAUCAUUUCUGCUGUGACUGCAUCUGAUAUUAACAGGAUCACUAUGGGGACUCGAGUUCUCAUCACAUGUGUAGUCUCAUCUCUGUGGCUUCAAGUUCACUGCCAGGAUGUGAGCCAAUACCCUGAAAUCAGCUGGAGUUAUGUGUCCAACUCUGCAGAGAUGAACUGCAGCCACAAAAAAGAUAUUUCUCAUAACCAGAUGUACUGGUACAGGCAGCGUCCAGGGGAGACCAUGACCCUCAUUGUCUACACAGUUGUAGGUGGAAAGCCAGACUAUGUUGUUUGUCUGGGUGUUGAAGUCCACCAAACUCCUCCAGCUCUCCUCAGAAGACCUGGAGACAAAGUCCAGCUCGUCUGCAGCCAUGGAAAGACUGACUAUUCACUGAUGUACUGGUAUCAAAAAUCUCCUGGAGACCAAACUCUGAAACGCAUCGGACAUGUGUAUUACAGCACUAUAGAACUUGAGGAGUCUUUAAAAGAACAUUUCAAUAUAAGUGGAGAUCUGAGUGGAGAGACAGCAAAGAACGGCUCUCUGUUUAUAGUCAAUCUAAAGGCACCUGAGCACAGUGCAGUGUACUACUGCGCAGCAAGCUAUGCACACUGACUGCAGAUCCCCUCUCCUUUGUACAAAAACUCUGAACUGACUUUGAUCAACAGUUAUGGUUUUGAAUUAGAACCUGAACAGGCCCCUCCCAGCAAGCUGCUCUUGAUGUGAUGCCAUUAUCUCUGCCAGGCAGUAUACAGUACUGUUUCAUCUUCAUUUCACUUCCCUUUUCACACUUCAGUCAGCUCAUGAGAGGCAUCAGUUGGAUCUCCGACACUAACAGAACCACAGUCAUUAUGAUCUGAUAUCAGAUUGCAGCAACUUACAUCUGCAAAACUCUGUCAUAUGAAGUCUGAUAUGUCAUGUAAAGGUUUGGAGUAAUUGUUUUAUUUUGAGGAAGAUAAAAUGAUUUGCUUUCUUCUCUUCUGUUGUCUGGCAGGUGGUUGUCUGGGGCUUGAAGUCCGUCAGUCUACCUCUGAUCUCAUCAAGCAACCUGGUGACAAAGUGCAGAUUUUCUGCAGCCAUGACAAAACUGACUACAGGGUGAUGCUCUGGUACCAGCAGUCACCUGAAGACACAGCUAUGAAACUCAUUGGAUAUUUGUACUAUAAAGAUGCCAAAAUGGAAGAGAAAUAUGAAGUCGAUUUUAAUAUCACUGGAGAUUUAGGGGGGAAUACAGCAAAGAAUGGCUCUCUUAUAGUCAAACGUGUAGGACCAAAUCACAGUGCAGUGUACUACUGUGCAGCUAGCAAAGCACACUGACAGAAAUCCCCUCUGAGCUUUACAAAAACUCUUCACCAUCUUUUAUCAUGGUUUCAAAUAAUACGUGGAAUAUACUCCUCACAGACACCUGCUUUUGUGGUUGCAUUUUGGUUUGAUUCAGUUGUGUCAUUAUUAGCUAAUACAAGCUGGUUUCUAUUCUAUUGGUUUAUUCUUAUUCA